AUGAAGGUGUUCUCCACAUUACCCCCCCCUUUUUCGAGGCUUCUUCUUGUUUGCUAGGCAAGAGAAGUCUUCUCGGGGUAACCGGAACCCGACCGGCUGGCGGCGAGUAGAACCCCCUUUUUUUCCAACAAUCUUCUGUGCGUGUGUGCGGGUGCGCCACUUCCGCCACACAUUGCCAGAAGUUUCGAGUUCGAUAGACAGUGCAUCGUUUCUUGGCCCACCCACCGUUUUUCUUUUUCCGUGUACUCCGGAAGAAAAUUAGGUAAGCAGCAGGUUUUGAACCCGUGUCUUUUGCAACCAAAAGCAGACACCUGAUAUCUCUUCGUCGACGCCAUUGUGGAAAAGAGAGUUUCGUCCUCGACAGACGUUUUUCAACCUUUAUGAAGGUGUUCUCCACACUAUUACGUUCUUCAGCUUGCUCAGCGCUGUAGUAGACAGAGCAUUGUGAGCAUCAUCGAGUCAUGAGAGGUUCCAGGAAUAGAGGUGGUUUCGAUAGAUCCGCUGAUGCCGGAGAUAUUAGAUCGCGCAGCACGAGCUUUGAACACCACUUCCGCAGCCAUGUAGCGUCUCCGACAAGCACGCCCAGCAGAGGCGGCCGACGGAGGCUGGAGGGGAGGUCUGUGCCUCGCGCAGGCGCUGAGGAGCCGGCAGUGACUUCGGAUGGAUCGACCAUCUUCGCCUUGAGAGCCCCGGACAUUGUGUGCUGCGGUGACAAGUCCCGAGGUAGAAAGCUGAGGGUCGUUUGCCUUUCGGACACGCACGGCAAACACCACGCCAUGCGGCACACGAUACCGGACGGCGACAUACUGAUUCACUGCGGCGACUUUUCGACCAAGCUUCAGCAGCGAGACUUUGAGGCAGCCGUGGAGGAUUUCGACCGGUUUUUGGGCUCUCUGGGGCACCCGCACAAGCUCGUCAUCGCCGGCAACCACGAGAUCGCCUUUAACAACUACACAAGAGAGCAGAUACAGCGCCGUAUAAGCAACGCGACCUACCUUGAAGACUCCGAGACAACCGUGGAGGGGCUCAAGUUCUACGGGACUCCGUGGACGAACUCGUCCCACAUGGGGUUCAGCUGCAGGGGCGCGCAGCUGGAGGGCGUGUGGUCGGCGAUUCCGGAGGGCGUGGACAUUCUCCUGACGCACAUGCCGCCAUUCAAUAGGCUGGAUCUUGCGUUCGACCGCGGCAGCAACGCGAAAGCGGACCCUUGCCCGGUGUGCGGAGAGACUCAUCGAAGCUUCGCGCACUGGGGAAGCUGGAGCCUGACGGAUCGAGUGGCCGAGUUGAAGCCAAAGGUCCACGUGUUCGGCCACGUCCAUAACUCCCACGGCAUCAUCAGGAAGGACGAGACCGUGUACAUAAACGCCGCGCAGGACGAGAACCAGCAGCCCAUCUUCUUCGACAUUUGGGUUUGAUCGCCCGGGCUGUGGCGUUGGUGGAAGCCGCCGCUGCUGUGUAGCGUGCAAGGAAGCCUGCCUGCGGACCGAGCGAAAGCUCUGGGCACAAAGAAUAUGUUUUUUUUUUUUCUGCGGUGCGUUUGUUAUGUUUUCUAGUGGUGGAUGUUUUUAAGUGGAGAGGUCAUACACUGAUUGGCCGGCCUGAAUAAGGGCCUUUGGGUCUUGCUGUCGCUGUCGCUGUCGCUGCUCAUGUCACCGCAGUGCAGGAUGCGGUUGUCGUUGACAUUACAAUUUUCGAACGCCGAAGUAGUGGGUGCGAACCCCCCUUGUACCUCCCCCGGCCAUCAUGUUCGUACCAAGAGUAAGACUGCAAAAAAUUCCGUUUCGCGUUUGCAGCAGUUUUUUUUUUGCCUGUUGAAUGAUAUUGCCAAAGAAGCCGAGCGCCCCGUUUGGUGCUAACAUGGUGCAGCACUUUUUUUUCGCCUGUUGAGUUAUAUUGCCAAAGAAGCGGAGUGCCCCGUUUGGUGCUAAAAUGGUGCUGGGCACCUACCUUUGCACGAAUUGAUUUUUAUCUUGGCGGAGGGGUAGCACAACCGGAGCGACAUUGUGCGGGUCGUAGACAUGCUUAGCGUAGUCUGGCAUUCUCUCCUCAGAGGCCAGCCAAGCAUAUCAAGGGCGUGACGACAUUUCCUGAUUGGUGGUGCGUGUGUGCGAUUGAUUGUGGGGAACGUGAUGAUCAGGGAGGAAUUGGAAGCGAUGGGGGUAAGAUCUUUGUACAUUUUGGACUUCCGCCGCCGCCGUCGCCGCCCGAGGGCAGUGCAGUCACGAUGUAGAUUCAGCAGCAGCAGCAGCAGCAGCAGCAGCAGCAGCGACGUGUAUGAGUGCACCCUGAGACAUGUGAAGUGGGAUGUUUUUGUGUGUGUCUCGUUAAAACACGCUGUCCGCCGGCUCCGGCGUGCUGCGUAGUUGCGUUUGGUGCGCGUGUCGUUUCGGGUGUAUUUUGGGGAUGCGGAGUAUUUUCACGUUGUACACGGCAUGUUCUCUCUCGCCAGAGGAAGGAACGGGGAGGGGUGUUGGAACACGCGACCGUGCUUUUCGAGUCGUUGUCAUUGGCCGCUCUCAGCCCCGUCAACGCAACAGCUGAACGCGCUUCACGCACGACCGGCACAGUGCCCACGGGGUUAGCAGCGCAGCGGCUACGUGGAAUACGUCGUUAUAUCCGAAGGGGAGCAUCAUCGCCAUGUAGCCUAUAGGCUACGGCGGCAAACGCGGCAACGGACGCCGAGUCUUGUUGCCCUAUCCUCUUGUCGAAGUUACUACUUGGUGGAAUGCUGUUGAAGCGCAACACAAGCAAGACAUGGUGGAAAAUGUGUGUUUACUUGAGGAUAUGCACGGCGUGGUGUCUGGGCGAAGCAACAAGUU